AUGUCCGCCCCGCGCCCGGGCCACGUCAGCCGCGGCGGGGAGCGGCGGAGGCGGCCGCCAGCUUCACACGGAGAAGUUUGCUCGCCGGCGCUGCCCGCCGCGGACAACCACCGCCGGGCCCUGUCAGGGGGAAACUACACCUCCCGGCGUGCCCCGCGGCGGCGGGGCGACUACACCUCCCGGCGUGCCCCGCGGCGGCGGAGCGACUACACCUCCCGGCGUGCCCCGCGGUGCAGUCCGCGCCGGUCCGGCGGUGAGGCGGCAGCCCUGGCCGAGGGGGUCCCGCCGAGCGCGGGCCGCAGCCCGCCCCGCCACCCGCCCCCACCGCUGCGGGCUCUGCCGAGGAGGACCUCCGGUGGCGGCCGGCGGAGCGGCACUGCCGGCUUCAAGUCACCGAUCCCAUCUCCAAGGUCCUGCCAACCUAAUGGAGCCAACAAAGAAGCCCUGUGGUAUGAAAUCAAAGAGCUGAAGCAGAAAGACCUUGCUCUAGACCAGGAAAUUGCACAAUUAUUGUCUGAAGGCUACAGCCUGGAGGAAUUGGAGAAGCACAUCUCUCUGCUCCAUGAGUAUAAUGAUAUUAAAGAUGCUGGACAGAUGCUGCUGGGCAAGCUGGCUGUUAUCCGAGGGGUUACUACAAAGGAGCUCUACCCUGAAUACGAUCUGGAGCUUAGCGACUAGCAUUGAACCUGAAGACUGCCAUGUCCUGCAAAAAUGACUGUUACUGGGCCAUUAUGUUUUGGUGUCAUAUGGGUUUAGAACUGACAUAAAGUGGCCUUGGAAGUAUGUAUUUAGAAUUGCAACAGAGUAUGGGUUAACAGCCUUAUUUCUAAGAAGCUUUGGAACAUGAAAGUUGUUGAAUCUAUCAACUGUUUCCUGCUUGUGAGAAAGGGAUGUAGGACUUUGGAUAACUUCAUCUACUACCUGAUCAACAGGUUUUUUGUUUGGUUUUUUUUUUUUUAUUGGAAAGGUUGUUAUUCAGGUUGAUGUUAAGACUCGUCCCAUGGAGCCUUUGCUUCUCUAUAACAUCCAGGGGCUCUUUGGAUACUGAAUGGAUAGAGGAAGUGAGCGCAUACAAAUGUGCAAUGUAAUAGCUGCUUUGAAAGAAAAGAAAAAGCCCUCAGAAGUAGGGAGGGAAGAAGGCUGAAGUUGUGGUGGUUUGGGGGGUUUGUUUUGUUUUAUGAUCAAAUCUGGAUAAGUCUGGGUGUUCUGCAUUUUUGUACUUAACUGCUCUGGUAUCUAGAGGUUUUGUAUCAUUUCUGUAGUAAAUGGCAAAAUGUGAAGUUGUGUUGAACUGUCCAGUCUGAAUAAAGCAGCUAUCACAUUUCUCAGUAA